AUGGCUAUGGCCAUGGUCAUAUACUUUGAUGGUAAUGACGAUGGCUGUGGUAAUAAGUGUUUGUGUGUGUGUGUGUGGUGCGAGCCCGGCCUAGGAGCGAGCGUUAUGUACAAUCUACUCUAUAAUAAACCACAAAAAUUAAUGUUACUAGCUGGCUGCAGCACCGUCUGUACCACCGUUGCAGAGGCGGCGAAAAUGUGGAAUUUAAUAGUGCUUUGCUACGGUGCCUCGAGUCCGGCGCUUUCGGAUCGCAGUCGCUUCCCAACGCUAUUUCGUACACAUCCCUCCGCUACCGUACACAAUCCGACACGUAUAAAAUUAAUGAAAAAAUUCGGUUGGUCACGUGUGGCCAUACUGCAGCAGGCCGAGGAGGUCUUCAUAUCGACCGUUGAAGAUCUCGAAAAUCGUUGUAUGGAGGCUGGCGUCGAAAUCGUCACAAGACAAUCAUUUCUAUCCGAUCCAACAGAUGCGGUACGCAACCUACGUCGACAAGAUGCGCGCAUCAUAGUCGGCCUUUUCUAUGUUGUGGCGGCGAGGCGUGUCUUAUGCGAAAUGUACAAACAGCAGCUGUAUGGGCGAGCGCAUGUGUGGUUUUUUAUAGGCUGGUACGAAGACAAUUGGUACGAGGUGAACUUGGAAAAUGAGGGCAUCACAUGCACCAAGGAGCAAAUGCGUAUCGCCGCCGAAGGACAUCUUACAACGGAAGCGCUUAUGUGGAAUCAGAACAAUCAAACGACAAUUUCCGGCAUGACAGCUGAGGAAUUUCGACAACGACUGAAUCAUGCACUCACCGAAGAAGGCUACGACAUCAAUCACGAUCGCUAUCCGGAGGGCUAUCAGGAGGCACCGUUGGCCUACGAUGCUGUCUGGAGUGUGGCAUUGGCAUUCAAUAAAACAAUGGAACGCCUCAAGCAGCGACAGAAAUCGUUACGCGAUUUUACAUAUACGGACAAGGAAAUUGCCGAUGAAAUUUAUGCAGCCAUGAAUUCCACACAAUUCCUUGGCAUAUCGGGCGUCGUUGCCUUCAGCUCGCAAGGCGAUCGUAUUGCCUUAACACAAAUUGAGCAAAUGGCGAAUGGGAAGUAUGAAAAAUUGGGUUACUAUGAUACGCAGCUGGAUAAUUUAACCUGGUUAAAUAUGGAGCAAUGGAGUGGAGGAAAGGUACCUCAGGAUCGCACAAUUGUACGACGCGUCUUACGCACAGUAUCGCUGCCAUUAUUUGUCUGUAUGUGUACAAUUUCAAGUUGUGGUAUAUUAGUAGCCUUAGCACUUAUUGUAUUCAACAUAUGGAAUAAGCAUAGAAGAGUAAUACAAUCAUCACAUCCUGUAUGUAAUACCAUAAUGUUAUUUGGUGUCAUCAUAUGUCUCGCAUCAGUCAUACUGUUGGGUAUGGAUGGGCGAUUUGUUAGUCCAGAGGAGUACCCGAAGAUAUGUCAAGCGCGCGCUUGGCUAUUAACCACCGGUUUUACAUUAGCCUAUGGUGCAAUGUUCAGCAAAGUCUGGCGUGUGCAUCGUUUUACAACAAAAGCGAAAACAGAUCCAAAAAAAAAAGUCGAACCAUGGAAGCUUUACACCAUGGUCUCCGGCCUGUUGUCUGUAGAUUUAGUUAUAUUACUCGCCUGGCAGAUUUUUGAUCCGCUACAGCGUAUACUUGAAACAUUCCCACUCGAAGACCCCGUAUUGACAUCCGAUGAUAUUAAAAUACGUCCAGAAUUGGAGCACUGUGAAAGUCACCACAACUCGAUGUGGUUAAGCCUCGUUUAUGGUUUUAAGGGCCUCAUACUGGUGUUUGGUCUCUUUCUUGCCUACGAAACGCGUUCGAUUAAAGUAAAACAAAUCAACGAUUCCCGUUAUGUGGGCAUGAGCAUUUACAAUGUUGUUGUGCUGUGUUUGAUCACAGCACCAGUUGGUAUGGUCAUCGCAUCGCAGCAGGAUGCCUCUUUCGCAUUUGUUGCAUUGGCUGUGAUAUUCUGCUGUUUCCUAAGUAUGUUGCUGAUAUUUGUGCCAAAGGUCAUCGAGGUGAUACGACAUCCCAAAGACAAAGCCGAAUCAAAGUACAAUCCCGACUCGGCCAUAUCGAAAGAGGAUGAGGAGCGUUAUCAGAAAUUGGUUACCGAAAAUGAAGAAUUGCAACGACUGAUAUCACAGAAAGAGGAGAAAAUACGCAUUCUCAAGCAACGUCUACUCGAGUGGGAGGCCACGCACAAGGGCGGCGACAUGAACGGCACCAACGGCACCAAUGGCAUAUCCUUAGCGAUGGGCGUACAUCAGCCAGCAGCGAGCGUCAAUUCCUUAACCGGCGGUAUUGGUCCUGCGUUAAUGGGUGGCGGCACGACAGGCUCCGGUUCGGGUUCCACAAACAAUUCACUCAAUCUACAAGCAACGACGUCCUCCUCACAGCAUAACACACCUGCCGCCACAUUAGCGAUAACACAAGAUACCCAUGAUCAUCAUACAUGAAAAAACGUGUCAAUUUCCUUUUCGUGAUAGAUAAAAUAUAUGUAAAUUAGUUAAAUGUGAGUUAGAAAUGAAAAAAAAAGAAGAGAAAAAAAAAACAAAAACAAAACCAAAGUCAUAUAACUACGUUAUUGUACAAAUUCUACUUGCAAUUAGUAAACUGUAAAUGUAAAUGUAUUAGUAAGUAUGAGAGUAGUCAUAGCAGUUGUAUGUAAUAGUUAUUGAUGUAUGUAUGUAUGUAUGUAAUUUUAAGUAUUUGCCUACAUAAACACGAAACUUAUCCUACUAAAUGAACGAGUAUAGGCCAAUGAAAGAAGAUAAACAAAAAUGUAAAACUACUCAAAUUAGUUAAAUAAAUUAAUAUUAAAUGUUUGUAUUGUAAAUGCAUAAACGUGCGAGAGUAAAUCUGUAGCUAAGUGAGUGAUUACUAAAUAUUAUUAAUUUUUAGAUGAAAGCAGAAAAUUAAGUGUGAGUUAAAAAGGUGAAUUUGUUUAUGUAAAUAUUUGAAUAGCUAAAAGUGAAAUGAAAUUAACGAAAUCGUUGUAAGCAAUUACGUAAUUGUUAGUGUUGUUAGGCAAAUAGUUUUAACGGAGGUGCGCAAGCAGCACCUCGCCAGCCAAGCUAUCUAAAGUAGGCAUUAGAAAAAAUGUAUCUAACUAUUAGUGUACUUAACUAAAAUUUUGUCUUUAGGUCUGUUAGAAAAAAAAAGAAAAAGAAAAAUCGCGCGUUUUCGUACGCAAAACCAACUUUCUACCACCAAAAGCCGAAAAAUUUGCAAAAGAAAAAAAGCUAAGAAAAAAGAAAAAAAAAAAUAAAAUAUGCCAUAAAUUAAUGUUCUAAACAAAUGUAAGACAAUGAAAACUACUUAGGCUAAGGCAAGGGGAAGGCGAGAAAUAAGUAAUACAUUUAAGGCGAAAUGCUUAAUUUUUCUUUUCGAGGCUUAAAAAAUGUGCAACAAAUAUGUUUUUAAGAGUUUUUCAUUUUAGAAAAUUUAAAUAUUGCAUUUAUUGCUUCAUAUUUUAUUACACACGCAGAUACUUUGUACAUUGGUACUUUUCGUUAACCAAAAUUCUGAAAAAAUACAAGGUGAAGUCCAAAAUAAGCAAGACUGAGCUAAAACUGAAACGACAGGAGCUUUUUUCUGAUACCUUUGAGUUUCUUUGUUCAAGAUAGUCCCUCUGGUCUCUCUCUACACACUGUUUUGCGCGAUGUAAAUGCUUUUCGAAAGAGUGUUUCAGGUCUCUAACCGGAAUGGCCUUCACGAUGUCGGUGCAAGCCUUUCGGAUGACCUCUACGUACGAAAAACGUUUUCCUUUCAUGGCCAAAUGCAAUUUUUCGAAUAGGUAUAUUAGAAGUCACAGGGAGCCAUAUCAGGGGAAUACGGUAAGUGAUUGAUGGUUAAAAUGCGAUUUCUAGUCAAAAAAUUUAUCACAAGAGUGGAUCAAUGAGAUGGUGCAUUUUCAUGCAAUAUGCGCCAGCUUCCUCCUUCGCGGUAUUCAGGGGGAAUUCACGGAAUGCGAUGCAACAAACGCUUCAAAACGCCAAGAUAGAAAAUUGCAUUGACGGUUUGGCCCAUGGGCACGAAUUUCUUGUGGACAAUUCCCUUGGAAUCGAAAAACAAAUGAGCAUCGACUUGAUUUUUGACUUCUCCAAACGCGAUUUGUUGGGUGGUGGCUCGUCUGGGGUCUUCCUUUCGGCACUUUAACGCUUAGUUUCAGGUUAAUCUUGGAAACACCACGUUUCAACACCAGUUCCACUGUUGUAAAGAAAGUUCUCGUCUUUUCUCGCUUCUUUAAUGAGGUCUUUCGAAUGUUGAGUUCUGAGCAAUUUUUGGUCCUCAGGUCCUCAGUUAACUUGUGCAGAAUGAAACGUGCACAGACCUCUCGUAAGCUCAAAUGAUCAGUUGAAACGCGAUAAGUCGAUGUUUUGGAGAUAUGCAACUCCAAUUCCAUGAAUUUCAACGAUGGCUUCGAUUCAGUUUUGAUAAAUUUACUAUUAUUUCAAUGGAGUUUUUGGUGAUUACUGAUUUUGGUCUGCCAUACGGGCCUCUUUUUCACAUUUAUGUCCUCACAACCAUCUCUGAAACGUGUAAACGACUCGUGAACUCUGGCACGAGAUAGGCAUUCAUCGCCAUAAACUUUUUUCAUAAAUUCAAAUGUUUUCGAAUUCUUUAUCAUCAGCCUGAUCUAGGUUCCUGGUCACAGCGACAUUGCUGGAAACUGUGAGGCGGAUGAGCUGGCCAGACAAGGGACAUGCGAGGUGAUUUCCCCGAGAAGGGUGAGAAUUGGGAUCCCCCUGACUACCUGCGGUCUGCUCCUGGAAAGAUGGGCAUCGCACCAACUCAGCGAGCGCUGGGCAAGUACACAAACGUGUAAGGUCGCGAAAUCCUUCUGGCCACGUGUGGACCGGAGGCGCUCGGGCGAGAUUCUGAGGCUGACAAAAUAUCAGCUCUCUAACCUCAUGGGUUCUCUCACAGGACACAAUGCGCGAGUAAUGCAUGCUGUGAGACUUGGAAUCACCUCGAGUCCUUUUUGCGCUGGAUGUAUGGAGGACACAUCCUUUCGUACACCUGCUAAUAUUUUGAUAUUGCCACCUAGGAGUUUUUCAUGCAUUAUACGACAGCUUUCGUCCGUAUAAGGUCCCUCGAUGAGUUGAAUCAAUUUCGAUGGUACCCCUCUGCACUCGAGGGCGUUAUGAGUAGUGUCAAGCUGUAAAGUAUCGAAUGUUUUUUUUAAGUCUAUAAAGGCGAGAUAAAGCGGGGUCCUCCACUCAACUGGCUGUUCAACGAUAACUCGGAGACUACUGAUGUGGUCGAUGCAUGAACGGUUCGAUCUGAAGCCCGCCUGCUCCUGUCUGAGUUCUGGUUGCAGCACCGCUGAAAGUCUUUGGUUUAUGAUUUGUACGAUUAUUUUGUUAAUCUUACUGAGCAAGGUAAUGCCCCUCCAGUUCUUACAGUCCGUCAGUUUGCCUUUGAUAGGGAUUUUCAUGACCCACCUACAGUUCAGUAGAGAAUUUCAGAAUCAAUGGAUGUACCCUAUGAUCAGAAAGUAACAGGAAUGUUUAAGUAAAACUAAAAAGAGUUAAAUUUAGGGCAAAUUUAUUUGAUCUCCUUCAAAUUUAUUUGAUCUCCUUCAACACACUUGUGCCAACGUUUUACACAGUCCUCCAUGCACCUCUGGAAGGCCGACGAAGGGAUAGACUUCAGCUUCUUCGUCGCAUUCUCUUUGAUCUCAUCUAUCGACUGAAAUCUACUUCCACGAAGUGGUAACUUCAACUUAGAUAAAUGGCUUCAAAACGGAUAAAUAAUAUUCUUUAUCGACUGUCUGGCCCGAUGGAAGAUACUCAUGGUGCACUACGCCUUAGCAAUCGCAGAAAAUAGUCAACAUCACCUUCCCGGUACUUUUUGAUCAUAGGAUAUUAAGCUGAUCAGCACGAGCAGGAUCUGCUUUCAACAAUUCAGGAGAGAUGUUGUCGU